GUCAAAUGAACCAAACAAGGGCCCAUUUAAGAAUUAAAUUAAAAUCAAAACACACACUCCAUAAACCCUAACCAUCUUAACCAAUUAUUCCCCGUUCCUCCCAUAGCCGCCGCCGCCGCUCUUCCCAGUCUCCACCAUGGUGGCCGCCGGGAAAAAGACUAAGAAGACCCAUGAGAGCAUCAACAACAGGCUGGCUCUUGUGAUGAAGAGUGGGAAGUUCACUCUUGGUUACAAGACUGUGCUCAAGACUCUCAGGAAUUCCAAAGGUAAAUUGAUAUUGAUAUCCAACAACUGCCCACCAUUAAGGAAGUCUGAGAUUGAAUACUAUGCAAUGCUUGCUAAAGUUGGUGUUCAUCACUAUAAUGGCAACAAUGUUGAUCUUGGGACGGCAUGUGGGAGGUAUUUCCGCGUCUCAUGCCUCAGCAUAGUCGACCCAGGUAUAACACCAUCGCUAUAUAUACUCACAGCUGCUCAUUCAUUAAAUUCGUAGCAGAAAUCGAAUUCUUGAGCAGAAUGAUGCAAGUCAUGAUGUGUCUGGUCUUAUCUGGCUUUAUGUUUUCAGGUGACUCCGACAUCAUCAAAUCUUUGCCCGGAGAUCAUUGAAGACAAAGCAGCAUCUCGGUGGAAUCAUUCGAACUACAUUUUCUAUCUUGUUUGCUUGGGAUGCUUUGAUGUUUGAAAUUUUGCACGUGUUAGAAAAUCGCUGUAGCGGAAGGCUAGUUUGUGUUCGACUUUUAGACAUCUUGGUUAAUUCUGUUGAUCAUCGUGUUGCUGAAUGUGAUUCUUUUUCAGUUUAUCGAUGUUGUGAAAUUUCGUUUA